UGGGUGUGGGGAGGCAUAAGUGCGCGUGCGCACUGCGGGCUGGGUUGCAGCAGCAGGCAGGCAAAGCACAAGCGAAGCCAAGCGGCGGCGGCGGCGGUUGAGCUCGCGGUCGGCUGCAGACGGAAGCACGUGUGUGGAGCUGCACGGCCCGGCUGUCACCCUGCUUCCUCUAGCGCCCGAUCACCAUGGCCGAUGACCUGGACUUCGAGACCGGCGACGCCGGGGCCUCCGCCACCUUCCCCAUGCAGUGCUCGGCCCUCCGCAAAAACGGGUUUGUGGUGCUCAAGGGGCGUCCCUGCAAGAUCGUCGAGAUGUCCACCUCCAAGACCGGCAAGCACGGCCACGCCAAGGUGCACCUGGUCGGCAUUGACAUCUUCACCGGGAAGAAAUACGAAGAUAUCUGCCCUUCCACCCACAACAUGGACGUGCCCAACAUCAAGAGAAACGACUUCCAGCUGAUCGGGAUCCAGGACGGGUACCUGUCCCUCCUCCAGGACAGCGGGGAUGUGCGGGAGGACCUGCGUCUGCCCGAGGGGGACCUGGGCAAAGAGAUCGAGCAGAAAUACGACUGUGGAGAAGAGAUCCUGAUCACCGUGCUGUCCGCCAUGACCGAGGAAGCUGCUGUUGCCAUCAAAGCCAUGGCUAAAUAAAGGAACCACAGGGCGGCGGCAGCAACUUUUACUACGAACCAGAGAGAAUUGCAACCCCCCCAAAACCGGCUCCAUGUGGCUCAGCCCCCCCUUUAAACCCCCUGCCCCCCCCGGGGGGGGGAUUUAAACCCAAGGAACAAAAAUCCUUUUAAUUUGGUCUUUUUGUUGGUUCUGGAAGCUGAUCUCCUUUCUUCCCCCCCCCCCCCCCGGGGGGUUUGUUUUUGGCUCCCGCUUCCCCCCCCGGGGUGCUCGGAACACUACAUCGGCGUGAGGGGGGGAUUAUUUAAAGGGGGGGAGAGGAAUUGACAGAAGUGGGGUGGGAAGCCUCCCUAAGCAUUUUUUGAAUGUCCCCCAAACCCUGCAGAGGGUGGGGUCCCCAAAACCUGGCCAUUGUGGGUCUCAGAGCCCCCCCCAAAGUCCCUGCAGAUCUCAGGUCCCUCUGAAAAUGGGGGGUGCCCCAAACCCAGCAGAAAACAGAAUCUCUGCCCCCUCCCCCUGCAGCCCCCCCCCUUUUUAGCCUCUCCUAGGUCAAAAAGGCUAGUGAGUGACUGGGGGGGGGGCACAGCAUCCUGCUGCCUUCUCAUUGGUUGAGGUGACCCUGAGCUGUCUGCUUCCUGUUGUGUGGUUCCCCCCCCCAGCUGUGGGGCAGCUGUUGCCAGGGGCGAUGCCCCCCUUCUGGCCCCACCCCCACUCUAAAAGGGCCCCUGUCUGCCCUGCUGUUUGGAGGACGGGGCCCACCUGGCCGAGGGGUGGAGUUGCUCCCCCCCCCCCCCCGCUGUGGAUCCAGGGAGGCCUGAGGGCCCCCCUGCUGGAGCUCUUGGGGUGGGGGCAAAUGGGGGGUGUCCUUGGUCACUCUCUCUUGCCCCCUUCUCCAGGUUCACCCCCCCUUGCCCUGCUGUCAAGGGGCCACUGUGCCCCUCCCACAUUUGUUAAUCAGCCUCAAUAAAAGAAGUUUAAUACGAA